AUGCCGCCAAUACCCAGCACACUCGAUGCCACGACCAUUUCUCUCGUCGAGUCGCUCCAAAGACGCCAGAAAGAUCUGUCCGAGUUCCAGCUCAGCCGCUUGCGCUCAUGCACCGGACCUCUAGCCGUCCAGCAGCGCUUCGCAGCUGAACUUCGGGAGGACUUGGAAGCAUUUGCCCGACAGGUGGAGAACCUGGAUGCCGCAGUGGACGACCAGAGGACCGAACGUGACCGGCGGGAGCUUAGGCGAAUCGUUGAAGAGUUCCAAGGCGUAUUAACCAGCUUGAAGAAGGACGCGCGAGCAGCGCUUCUUACCUCCAAGCGUGCUCUCGACUCACAGCUGCUGUCGCAUCGAGAGGAGCUCCUGCGGUCAUCUGCAGUGAGGGAGAAACAAGACCUGAAUGAGAAAGUCACUGAGGAUGCUCUCAUGAAAGCCAAUAACGAUGUAACGCAGACAUUGCAGCGAACAAUCACUCUAAUGCAAGGAGAGCUCGAACGUUCUGUCUUGUCGUCCCAACUUCUGGAUACCUCAUCUGCCGCUCUACGUUCAACAUCUUCAACGCACGACGUGCUGGAUGGCUUGCUCUCCACUUCCAAACACCUCAUUACUGCUCUCGAAAAGUCUGAUUGGAUGGAUCGCAUGCUCAUCUUCGCCGGUCUCGCCUUUUUCGUCCUGGUAGUGCUCUUCAUCCUCAAGCAGCGUUUGAUUGACCGCAGCAUCCGGAUAGCCUUCUGGUGGACGCGUUUUAUACCCAACUUUAGUGGAGACGCAGCCCUGAUGCGCAUGGAGGAAGGGAAAGAUGUGGCGCGGAGUGUGGUUGAGACGGCCUCUGCUUUCGCUGCCACUGCGUCUGCCGUCGCUGCAUCAAUAAUUGCAUCCCAAAGUUUCGCGCCCGAUAAGAGUGUUGCGUCGCCGACAGAUGCAGCCUACGACACCAUUUCAGAAGUGUUGGAGACAGUUGCGCCUCAGCCUACGGCCUCUCCUAUAGACACUAGUACUACCAAUGCGCAUGACGAGCUGUAA